AUGCGUUCAACAUUCAGACCGAUUUUCCUGGAUAACGGACUUCCGCUCAAAUUUUUAGAAGUCAUCAAACCUUUCUGUGCAGUUCUACCAGAAAUUCAGAAGCCUGAAAGGAAAAUUCAGUUUAGAGAGAAGGUAUUAUGGACUGCGAUAACUCUCUUCAUUUUCUUAGUAUGUUGUCAGAUUCCACUGUUUGGAAUCAUGUCAUCAGAUUCUGCAGAUCCUUUCUACUGGAUGAGAGUCAUUCUUGCGUCCAACAGAGGAACAUUAAUGGAACUGGGCAUCUCUCCAAUUGUAACAUCCGGUUUGAUUAUGCAGCUCUUAGCUGGAGCCAAAAUCAUUGAAGUUGGAGACACCCCCAAAGACAGAGCUCUGUUCAAUGGAGCCCAGAAACUAUUUGGUAUGAUCAUUACCAUUGGGCAAGCCAUUGUGUAUGUCAUGACGGGGAUGUACGGGGACCCUGCGGAAAUGGGUGCUGGGAUCUGUCUCCUUAUCAUUUUUCAGUUGUUUGUUGCUGGUUUGAUUGUGCUGCUGUUAGAUGAGCUGCUACAGAAGGGUUACGGCUUGGGGUCUGGUAUUUCCCUCUUUAUUGCCACCAACAUCUGUGAAACCAUUGUCUGGAAGGCCUUUAGUCCCACUACCAUUAACACGGGCAGAGGUACCGAGUUUGAGGGUGCUGUCAUAGCUCUGUUCCACUUGUUGGCCACCAGGACAGACAAAGUCCGAGCCUUAAGGGAGGCUUUUUAUCGACAGAACUUACCCAACCUCAUGAACCUCAUUGCUACAGUUUUUGUGUUUGCGGUGGUUAUAUAUUUUCAGGGGUUUCGUGUUGACUUGCCCAUCAAGUCGGCCCGGUAUCGAGGACAGUACAGUAGCUACCCCAUCAAGCUCUUCUACACCUCGAAUAUUCCCAUUAUUCUUCAGUCUGCCCUCGUUUCAAACCUGUAUGUUAUUUCCCAGAUGCUGUCUGUUCGAUUUAGUGGCAACUUUUUAGUAAAUUUGCUAGGACAGUGGGCCGAUGUCAGCGGUGGGGGACCUGCCCGUUCUUACCCCGUUGGAGGCCUGUGUUACUAUCUUUCUCCUCCAGAGUCCAUGGGUGCGAUAUUCGAGGAUCCUGUCCAUGUAGUUGUCUAUAUUAUCUUCAUGUUGGGGUCAUGUGCAUUUUUUUCUAAGACAUGGAUAGAGGUGUCUGGUUCCUCAGCCAAAGAUGUAGCCAAACAGCUUAAAGAACAGCAAAUGGUAAUGAGGGGCCACAGAGAUACCUCCAUGGUUCAUGAGCUGAAUAGGUACAUCCCCACAGCGGCUGCCUUUGGCGGCCUGUGCAUUGGAGCCCUGUCGGUGUUGGCAGACUUCCUUGGCGCUAUUGGCUCUGGCACUGGGAUCCUGCUUGCAGUCACUAUUAUUUAUCAGUAUUUUGAAAUCUUUGUUAAGGAACAAGCUGAAGUUGGAGGGAUGGGUGCUUUGUUUUUCUAAAUGUUCAGAUAUUUCUUUUUGUGUGUGAAAGGGAAAAUAAUGACACAUUGUUUUUUGUCAAAUAAUGCGGGUUCCCCUUUUCUCCCCAGUUUGUUUUCAAGUGCUAACUGUCCCAUUUGUGAAAUGGGCGCUGAGCUAAGCCUGUGUGCAGCUUUAGCACCAGCUGCCUUAAAACUAAAGUUUACAUUAUUCAUUUAAAAAUGUACAUGGAGCAUUGCCUGUGAUGCUGGAAACCAGUGUAUCUACCUUGCUGUGUUAAAUCACGACAGUGAGACAGUGACAUGGAUCAGUUUGCACACAACAUUCAGAACACUAUAUCCUUCCCUUGUUUAAAAAUAAAUGUAGUUCAAAUUGCCAUUUUGCAGUAUUUUUGAGCUUACGUAAUGAGUUCUGGAACAUUUAUAUCUAAUCUAUAUUUUAGAUAAUUUUUAUACUUUUUUAACUCAUAGUAUCCAUGUUCCCUUCCCUACCCUCCCUCCCUCUCCAUCCCCACCCAGUCUUUAUUUCUGUUUUCCCAAAGCAGCCACUUGGCCCAUGGGCAAAAUCAAGCAUUGAAGUUUGCUGUUGCUAGAAAUGAUUGCUUCUAACUACUCUUCCUGUUUUUCAUUCCUCCUUUCUUCCCAGGGACAGCAUGACCUGUGCUGUUUGACUGUAUUGGCUAUGCCUUGUAAUUCCAACCAGUCACUUGAGAAUACUCUUUCAAGACACUGUGCCCCAAUUCUUUUCUUUUUUUAAUCCCUAAAGCAAAGAUCGAAUUCUCAAGCAAUGUCUGUAGUUCAUUGGGGGUGAACAAUGAGUAAUUCAUGCUAGAAAUUUGUCUUUUGUUGUACUUAUGGCAGCAAGAAGUGUAAACAGUAGACAAUAAACUUUUAUUUAAUAAAACUGUUGCAGUUGUGUUGGAAAAAUAAAGGAAUCUGAUAUUCAAUGUUCUCUAAGAUUAUUUGUGUAAAUUUCAUUGUACUUACACAGAAACUUCUGAAAGAAGUCAAAUGUAUUCCUCAGUGUUUAAUUAUGAAUCAUCGAGAAACUGGCUAGCUUAAGAGCACUCACUGAUGUUGCUGACAUUUGGAAAGGAACUGGAAGACAGUGGUCUCAAAAUAACAUCCUAAGGG